UCUUCUUCCUGUGAUGUCACGCUACAAAUUGCCUGGGCGCUCCGCUCUGCUCUCCAGAAGGAGCUGGGCUGGCAAGAGCUGCCGAGGGCUGCGGGCUGCAGGAACAAACACGCUCUGGAAUUCGGUUUCUGCCCUGGCAAGCAGCUCCCUCCUGCUUCUGCUUCCCGCCCCAUGGGGCCAGCCAGCGAGCAGACAAACUUGUUGUACAGAAAGAAGGGAGAGGGGGAAAUGCAAGUGCCGACACUUCGCAGCGGCCAGGAAAUCAUUCCCUAAAGCACACGCUCCCAGAAAAUUCGGAUGGACGAGGCUUUGCCGUCACAAUCUGCAGCCAAGAACUGGCUAUGUGAUUACAAAUAGCACUCGGCAGAGAAGAGAGACUUCCUGGUGAUUUCUGCUGGAGAUGUACUCCCCUGCCACAGAGCUCAUCUUCCUUCCCUGAAGCCUCACAGCGUAACAAACUUGCCAAAGCACACUGUUCAAAUACAUCUGACCUGCAAGUUCUUCUGGAAUUUCAAAAAAGUUGCAAUAAAAAUACCAGAGAAAACGCCAAAGCACAGGAAUUUUUAACAUACCAUUAUAAUGGUAAGCUCUAAUUGUUCCACUGAGGACUCCUUUAAAUAUACUUUGUAUGGGUGUAUCUUUAGCAUGGUGUUUGUUCUCGGCCUCAUAGCGAACUGUGUAGCGAUCUACAUUUUCACUUGUACUUUAAAAGUGCGAAACGAGACUACAACUUACAUGCUUAAUUUAGCUAUAUCAGAUCUGCUUUUCGUGUUUACAUUACCCUUCAGGAUUUAUUACUUUGUAACCAGAAACUGGCCAUUUGGAGACAUUCUCUGCAAGAUUUCUGUCACCCUCUUUUAUACAAAUAUGUAUGGGAGCAUUUUGUUUCUGACUUGCAUCAGUGUGGAUCGCUUUUUAGCUAUAGUACACCCCUUCCGAUCCAAGACUCUCCGGACCAAAAGGAAUGCAAAGAUCGUCUGUGUUGCAGUGUGGAUAACCGUGCUAGCAGGCAGCACACCAGCAAGCUUUUUCCAGUCCACAAACCGCCGGAACAAUACGGAGCAAAGGACGUGCUUUGAAAACUUCUCAGAAGAUACGUGGAAAACCUACCUAUCCCGGAUUGUCAUCUUCAUUGAAACUGUUGGGUUUUUUAUCCCGCUCAUCCUGAACGUCACCUGCUCCACUAUGGUCCUCCGGACUUUGAAUAAACCACUUACAUUAAGCCGGAAUAAAGUAAGCAAGAAAAAGGUACUCAAAAUGAUUUUUGUCCAUUUGGUGAUAUUCUGCUUCUGCUUUGUGCCUUAUAACGUUACCUUAAUACUUUACUCCCUUAUGAGAACACAGACCUGGGUCAACUGCUCAGUGGUGACUGCAGUCAGGACUAUGUACCCCAUCACUCUGUGCAUCGCUGUUUCAAACUGCUGCUUUGACCCCAUAGUCUAUUACUUCACAUCAGAUACCAUUCAAAAUUCCAUAAAAAAGAACCGGUCCACCAGACCGCGGGACCUCAGAUUCUCUGAAAGGCCAGUUUCAGAAAGUUUCAUUCAACACAGCCUUCAAACCAUAAAAAUGAAAAUAUUUGACAGUGACUCUACAAUAUAAACUAUAUUAAAAGACUAUCGGGACUAAACUGGAAUUCGAAGCCUGCACAUUUCUUCAGCUGCGGACAUAUAUUCUUAUAUGUAAAGGCUGUGCUUCCUUCACAGCUGAAAAGUUUAUUACAAGGCUGUAAAAGUGUUAAGCAUAAUAGCACACAGAAGAAGCGUUUAAAAAAAUUAUGUCAAAGGUCUGUUCUGACAGAUUGUAUGUUAGAAAUAAACUUUUGGAUUUAGAGACUAACCAAAGUCCAAAGACUGUUUGUCAAGUCAAAUACAAAUGAAAAAGUAGGUUGUUUUCCUUCCUGAAGUUAAAACAGUAGCUCAAUUUAAUAAUGAUAUCAGUUUCCAAGUUCCUGAGGAUGGGGGGUGAAGCUACCUGCUCUACACUGCAGGAAAAUUGCCGCUUUUUUGUCAUAUCACUUCAGCUCCUGUCUUCUCCAGCUUCCUCUGCUAC